AUGAGUCAGCAACACUGGCGGCCAGACGGCUCCCUGCAAGGACGAACGGCUAUCGUCACGGGGUGCGCUUCCGUGGUCGUUGUCGACGUGGGCACUGCGUACUCGGGCUAUGGAGCUUCAGAAGGGCCUGCCACGGAAUCAGCGAGUGAAAUAUGUGCCCUAGGGUACAAGGCGGUGCCAGACACUCAUAGCGUUGUUGACGCACAAAAGAUAGUCGACAUCGCUCUCAGCUCCCUUGGCAGAGUCGACAUUCUGAUCAACGGUGCCGGUAUCAAUAGAUAUGGGAAGCUCGAAAACUAUUCAACCGCGGACCUGAAAGAGAUCCUCGAGACGAAUACGCUGGGAUCACUGCCAGUUGUCAACAUCGCAUCAAGCUCUGUCCUCGGCACGGUAGACUAUACGCCCUACAUCACGUCGAAAGCCGGCCUCGUCGGUCUGACCAAGGCGCUUGCUGCAGAAUUUGACUACAGCAUGAACAUCAAGAUCAAUGCUGUUGCACCUAUUUCAGCUUCACGCAUGACCGCUCCGGCUCUCACUGAUGAGAGAACCAUCAAGAACUUCGAGCUUGCUCGGCCUCCAGCUAGGAAUGCGGCUAUCAUCCUGGCUCUGGCUAUUGAUGCGAGCACCUUCAACGGUGAAUUUUUCAGCACAGGAGGAUACAAGGUCCAUCGAAUCGUUUUCGGUAUGCUCCCGGGCUACAAGGGGUAG